CGACGUUUUAUAGUACGACGACGCAGGAAAUAGUAGAAACGGUGGUGAAAAAAAUCAAAAAAAGAAAUUUGAACGUCCUAAUCAUAAUUUUAAGAAAAGGCAGUUUUUGGAUAAACCCGAAUUAGCCGAAAACGUAAUUUAUGUAAACACAAAAUCCAACAUUAAUGCAAUCAAAUCAAAAUGUGAAAAAUUGAUGAGAUCCAAUGAAAAAGAAAUUGUAAUUUAUUCAUUGGGGGCGGCAAAUCAACGUGGAAUAGUUUUAGCACUCCAGUUAAGUGAUUAUUUUUUAUCCUACGAUGUUUCUGUUAACACUUUAACCACCGAAAUAAUAGACGAUUUAGAACCAGCGGCGGACGAUGUUGAUUACGAGAUUCAAAAACGUAACAAUUCCGCUUUAAGAAUACGUUUAAUACAUAAAAACCCCCCAGAGUUAUCCGCACAACAAUCUUAAUAACUUCAAAAUGUAUUUUACCUUGGACGAAAUCGUUCGUUGGUUGGGUUUGACGGUUUUUGAAAUCUGGGUCAACUUAAUAUCAAUUUUAGCUUUCACUGUGGUGUUUGCGUUAAAAUACGAUCCAACUGCGGACAUUUACAGCAAUAAUUGGUGGAUGAUUUUUUUCCCUUUGUUUGCGGGGGAUGCGUUUAAUGCUUAUUUUUGUGUCAUCGUUUUUAUACGGAUGCAAUUAGAGGCGGCUAUUAAACUGGCGAUGUUAAGGAUGUGUUGGUCCGCUACGUUUCUUUCGAUGACGUUUACUUUUAAAUUAUUGUUGUAUAAAAAGUUAUUGGGACAAAUACAUUUGGAUUAUUCGGAAGUUUUCGCUCCCGUUUUUAUUUUGUUGCAAUUAAUUGCUGUAAGAGCUUGUCAACAGAAUUAAAAUAAAUAAGAUAUGAUUGUAAUAGGUUAUGUUUAGAAUGUUUUUUUUUGUAUUGAUAAAUUUAAAUAAAUACUAUGUUUCAGUAAUUAAUUAGCCCAAGUAGAAGUAGUUAUUAAUAAUCUUCAACAAAGAUUCAAGCAAAGGGA